CUCGCACAGCUGUUGAACGUUGCGUGUUUUGCUUUUGUUUAUUUGCUACCCACAAAUUGAUAUCCAAUGAGAUAAAUCUUUAGCAUAACAAUGCAGAUAAAGCCCAUAAUAACGUACUCUGGCUCUUAUCCACUCUUUCGCUCGCUGGAGGCUCAAAUAUUAAAUGCAAUACCCUUGGACACCUGCGAAUGGCGACGCACCUUUCAGCGACCAACGAAACAUGUGCGAUUAGAGGCACAGACGCAGCAAUUUAGCGUGGAGCCGUUACAGAAAUAUAAACAGGGCGAUUGGAGCAUUUUGGAGCACCCGAUAUUGCACAUUUUUGUUACCGAAUGCAAUGACGUGGACACCUACAAGGCAACCAUACGUGAGGAAAUUGAUACUUGGCUGAAGCUGUUGGCCAGCUAUGGCGUUUCGGACUGGAUGAUUUUGCUGGUGGAGACACUUGACAUGCGUAAAACUAAAAAUUUACUACCACGCACCACGGUGCUUGACAAGAUGCGCCUGGAUUUUGGCAGCAAAAACGACGAUCGUUGCAUUUCUGUUUUGAAUCCAGCCAAAUUUGAGCAAAAGUCCACGGAAUCGUUUCGUUGUCUAGUGCAGCGUAUACGCUUUCUCAUGCUAACCAGCUAUAAUCGCAAUAUAGCCAAGUACGAGGAAUUAAUACGAAGCAAACGUGAGCGACGCAAUCAGGAUGAUUGGGACUUUCGUCAGUAUUUCUUUAUGCAAGAGGAUUUAGCACUGAUAUUUGAAAAACUGGAACUGCCCACGGAGGCGCUUAUACAAUACGAUGAGUUGGAUGCAAUGUUUUCGCAGUUUAUUACGCAUACGGGCUUUAAUGAAAAGCAACAGUGGCUGUCUUACUUUAAGCGUCCUCUCAGCGCCUUUCAUGGAAUAUGCCUCAGUCGCGCGGAUAAGUUUGAGUUUCGUGAGAAGAUACGCACCGAGGGCGUUUCACUGCUAGAAUUCCGUAAUUAUUUGUUUGAGCGACAGGCGUAUUUGCUGCUCAGCUGCAACGAGAUACCGGACAUAGCCAAGCGACUGCUGGACUUUUUGUUUUCCACGCUGCGCGAGGUGGAGUAUAUUAAGCUGGACUGUCAGGAGGGCGCGCUUAGCUGCUGGGAGUUUGUCUGUGCCUUGGAAGUACUGCAGCUUUGCGAGCAGGCCAUGGAACCCAAUGAAGUUAGCUGCUUUCAGCACUGCGCACCCAUUUGGAAUCUGGCCAAGGAUAAAUUGUAUGAGCUGGGCAAGCUUUGUGGAUUGCUGCCUGGUUGCACGCCCAGUUCUGAACAGCUGCAUAUUGUGGUGCAGCUUUCCUCAGGUAUAGGAGACGCGCCGCAGCAGCCACUACAAUUUUUGGAGGCCAUGCCACAGUUGCGUGAUCGCUCGCCCAACCGCAAGCCCAAGAAGUCUGCUGCGGAGCAGCUAAAAGAGGCGCUGGGCUCGAAUAUGGCAUUUCAAAAGCUAUACUUGGAGCUAGCAGAGCUGGCUAUUAGCACCUAUAAGCAUGUGGCUCGUUUGCGCUCUGCGCGUCUUGUGGGCCUGGAUCUAGGCAACUUCUAUUGCGCCCUGAAUGAGCCGCACAAGGCAGUUGGUUUCUUUACGGAUUUGUUGCGUGAACUCAAGGCGGAAAACUGGCAUACACUAAGCUCACAAACGCUGCUAGAGUUGGCCAAUUGCUAUCGCAAAAUGGGCGACUCGCUGGCCUAUACAAAAACCUGCAGCUCCAUUAGCUGUUGUGCGGAGUUGGAAACGCUCGUGCGCACUUUUUACUUUGACGAGUUUCUCAAAUCGCUGAAAACGCUUAAGACAACAUUAUCGGCGCAACCUUCGAUGGAGAAUGCCAACUAUUGCGUGCUGGAGGAUCAUUUUCGCAUUUUGGACAUUGAAGUGCUCAACACAAAGCCCAUCAUACAGGAUGAGUUGCUGCUGGUGCAGCUCAAGCUGGACAGUCUAUAUCCGCGUGGUAUUGUAGUGGAAAGCAUGAAGCUUUGCUACGAGCUGCAUGUGGCGCCUGAAUCUGAAUCUGAUGUGCUGCAGCAAGUUGCGCUAACAGCGCCCAAGCAUAAGGAGUGUAGCUCACGCUUGAAGGUAUCCUUGCAGCUGUUUCACAAGCAGGAUAAUACGCUCAACUGCGCCUCUGUGGUCUGCGAUACGCCCAAGAGCAAGCAGCCAGUCCGACGCAGCAGCAGCACCAAGCGCAAGCUUUCACCCAGCAUGCAAGCAGACUUUGCCAAUUUUGUGCUAGCGGAGAAUAUAGCACUGCACCCGGGCAUCAACCACAUAGAGCUACAAGCCAAAGCAACGCGCGUGGGUCGCUGGCAAUUCAAGCAGUUGUGCCUGAGCAUGUGCAGCUUGGAGUUUCUUUCAGAGCAGCUGCCGUCCACUGCACAGCCGCCUAGUUUUGAGAUCAGCACCAAGCCCGCCAGUGCCACAUUGGAGUUCAAGACUCUCAUAGCGGGCAUAGUGCAACCCUUUAAUUUACAUGUCUCCGCUGGCAGUUUCAUCUUUCCCGCUGAUGCCAAGAUAACACUGCGUUGCUCAAAGAAUCUGCGUCUACGUCAGGCGCUGGCUAAAGAUGAGGCAAGCUAUAAUGAUGAUGCCACGUUCGAAACUCAACUGCAGGUGCCGCUGUUGCAACUGAAAUCGUUUGAGGAACGACGCCUGCCGCUGGAGGUGCUAACUGAUAUGCCUGGACGAAAGGUGGCCAAGCAUUAUGAGCACCAUAUUACGCUCAACUGUCCGUGGUCGCGCAAUGAGCUGCAGAUUCCCGUUGAGUUUCAGCCUGCCAUGGAGGCCACUUGCCGUUUACAUACAUGCGGAACGCAAAAGUUUUUACAGGUCAUUAUGAAGGGGCUGGAUGGAGAGCUGUUGCUGCAGCAUGCCAAGGUUAAGUGUGAUGUGCCGGGAGUGCGUUUGCAGGAUCUGAAUCCCAGCUCACAGCAGCCAAUUGAGAUACACAAGAGUUUGACUGUCACCUAUCUGUAUGAGAUACAAGUGGAGCCUUUGAAAACGGAGCAGGAGCUGCCAAUUGUGAAGGUGCAUUUUGUAGUGAAGUAUGCCACAGUGCAACAGCCAGAGGUCUGGCGUAAUUAUGGCUGUGCCUUUGAUCUGGUUGAUUACUCGACGCUCUUCAAGCUGCAGGCACAGCUUGAGCCCAAUGAGUUAUGUCGUCUGCGCACUGUUUGCAAUUUACACUUGAAGAUUACCAAAGUUAAUGAGAAUCCCUAUACGGAUUUAAUGUACGAGGUGCUUAAUGAUCAGAAUCUCUGGGCUGUUUGUGGUCGUUCGGCGGAAACGGGCGUGGUUUCUAUGAAAGAUGUAGACUGUCAUUCCAUAUCCUUGGAUGUGAUGCCUUUGAGCACUGGAUUUCUGCCCAUGCCUAGCAUAAGAUUGUCCAAAUACACCGCCGGUGGCAAAAGCAAGACUGAUGCGCAUUCGAAAGUGCAUCCAUUUCCGCCUGGACAGGUCUAUAAUUCCACCAAGAGCAUGCAGAUUCAUGUCAUAGCCAGCGUGAGCGCGGAACAGUAAUUAGCCAAAUCUUAACUACAUUCAUAUACAUACAAAUAGUCUCUAUAGUCAAGUAUUAUUUAUUGUCAAAUGCAUUGUUAUUUAACCUA